GCGGCAGCCUCAUCCAUUCCAAGCACCAACCAUUCCAGCUCCACCACGCGGUCAACAGCGCGAACGCAUCGGGAGAUCCAAAGAUCCCACAGCUCCAUCCCCACUCGUUCCGAUCCAUUCAUUUCACCUUCUCGUGAUCUCUUGGCGCGUGUGGAUACAGCCAUCAGGCAUCAGCCAUGGCUGCCGGAGGAGGAGUGGUGCUCAACCUGCGCGUCCCGUCGGCGUCAGUGACGCCGGCGCGGCGGUGUGGGACGGCGUCGUCGUCGUCGGUGAGAUGCGGGGGCGCGCGCGGGGCGGCGCCGGCGAGGCAUACGGGCGGGGCGCUGGAGGAUGACCACUACCGGAUGCUGAGGCUGGCGCCGGGGGCCACCAGGGGCGAUGUCAAGAGGGCCUUCCACCGCCUCGCGCUGCAGCACCACCCGGACGUCGUGCGCCGGGGCGGCGGGGACGGCCAGCAAGACGACGCCAUCGACUUCCAGCGGAUCAACGCGGCGUACCAGACGUUGAUGAGCAACAUGCGGGAGGCGGAGGCGACGCUCGAGUACUGGCGCCGCCGCUACGGCCUCGCCGACGAGGACCUCGACCGCUACCGCCACUACCUCAACGACGAGGACGCGGACGACUGGUUCGCCGACUUCUGAAAUCUCAAGGGCCGCGGCGAUUCUUGCCAUGGCGGAGGCAGCACUGUAAAUAAUUUGUGAAAUGUGACUCUCUGCUUCUCUCCCUUUUUUGUGGAGCAGAGAUUGUAAUUUGAACAUUCUUAUUUUCAUUGUGAAUAUAAGAAAACAUAGCAGGAAUUAACCUAAA